AUGCCAUCUCGAAAACGAAGAGUUCGAUCUACUUCUUACCGUAAAUUGAGUUAUUUUGAUAGUGCCAGAGAAGGUGCUAAAUCAAAAUCAAAGUUUAAGCCAAAACUUGUGAAAAGUCGCAAGCAAAAAGCUUCACCGUCAUCAUCACCAUCUUCUGAUAGUUCCUUUAGUGUUGAUGAUACAGAAAGUUCAGAUAAAAGUGCAGCUUCAAAGCCAGAAAAGAAAGAGAAAAAUCGAAAAAAGAAGACGCAUAAUCGAAAACAACUUUCUUCUUCUGAUGAUAGUGAUGAUAAUCCUAAUUUUGGUGGCAAGGAGAUAACAUCAGAAUCGAGACAGAAAAGAAAAUUUUCUAGUUCUUUGUCUCGAUUAACUGUGACUGAGCAAGCAGCAACUUUACAGGUCACUGUGAAUGACUCAAUUAGUCGCUUUAGUGUAAUAUUGACGGUGAAGAAUUCAAAUUAG